CAUAAUUCAGUGCUGUAGUUAACUGUACUUGUGAGUAUAAAACAUGCCUUCAUUCUGGAUUCUCAUCUUGUUUCUCUACAAAAUAUGUUCUGCUGAAACUGUAGGAAAUACAGAACCGUUGGUUGUCUCAGUUAAAGCUGGAGAAGCGGUUACUCUAAACUGCACGUCUGCACUUAUAAACACGUACAACAUUGCAUACUGGUUCAAGCACAGACUGGAGCACAAACCACAGGAAGUGGGUUUUAAGCUCAAAGAUAAGCAACAUGAGCUUCAAAAUCCAUUUAAAGACUCAAAAUCAGGAUUUGAGUUGAAGGACGCUGGCAGUGGGUUUUCUCUCAGUAUUAAACAGGUUCAGAAAGAAGAUGAAGGAAUGUACUUCUGUGGAUCGGUUGGCAUGAAUAAGGCAAUCUUUUCUACUGGAACUUUCGUAGCUGUGUCAGAUCCUCCAGACAUCUCAGUUCUCCCAACUCCAGUCUCAACAUCGGUUCCUCCAGAAGAAGCAGUGAAUCUUCAGUGUACGGUUCUCUCUGAGAUCAGAUCAGCAGAACUGAGAGUGUUCUGGAUCAGAUCUGCUGCAGGAUCAUCCUUUCCUGAAAUCAUCUUCACUCAUCACAGCAGCAGCAGCAGCAGCAGCAGCCGUCAGUGUGAGAUCAGCUCUUCUAAACACAGCAGUGUGUACAACUUCUCCCCCAACAUCCCCAACAACCACCAUGCUGCAACUUACUACUGCGCUGUGGAGACCUGUGGGAGGAUCAUUGUUGGGAGCAGGACAGCAUUGGACUUGAGUUCUGCUAAAGCUGUAGGAAGUUCAGACUCAUCGGUUGUCUCAGUUAAAGCUGGAGAAGCUGUUACUCUCACCUGCUCAUCUGCACUUACAGACACGUACAAAACUGCAUACUGGUUCAAGCACAGACUGGAGCACAAACCACAGGAAGUGGGAUAUAAGCUCUAUGAAAGACAACAAGAGCUUAAAAAUCCAUUUAAAGACUCAAAAUCAGGAUUUGAGUUAAAGGAAGUUGGCAGUGGGGUUUCUCUCAGUAUUAAACAGGUUCAGAAAGAAGAUGAAGGAAUGUACUUCUGUGGAUCGAUUAGUGAGAAUUCUGUGAAAUUUUCAACUGGAACUUUCUUAGCUGUGUCAGAUCCUUCAGACAUCUCAGUUCUCCAAACUCCAGCACUGCAGUCGGUUCCUCCAGGAGAAGCAGUGAAUCUUCAGUGUACGGUUCUCUCUGAGAUCAGAUCAGCAGAACUGAGAGUGUUCUGGAUCAGAUCUGCUGCAGGAUCAUCCUUUCCUGAAAUCAUCUUCACUCAUCACAACAGCAGCAGCAGCAGCAGCAGCAGCCGUCAGUGUGAGAUCAGCUCUUCUAAACACAGCAGUGUGUACAACUUCUCCAAGAUCAUCGCAAGUGAGAAAGAUGCUGGAACUUUCUACUGCGGUGUGGAGAUCUGUGGGAGGAUCAUUAUCGGAAAUGGAACAACAACAGAAUUAAUCUCUCCAGAGUCACAUUCUCAACCUGUGCUGACUGUUAUCCUGGCUCUGGCUUUGGGUUUGAGCUUAUUCUGCAAUAUCGUUCAGGCCUGCUGGAGCUGGACUCGAGGGAACUGUAGUGGUGUCCUCCACAAUCUCCCAGAGAUUCUACAAAGCCAGGAUGAUGAUGAUGAUGAUGAUGAAGAGUUCUACUUCGCUGCCUUAAAAUCCUCUGGUAAAAAGACGGGAACAGCAUUUGAAGAGAAUGUUUUCACCAAAGUCAGAUUCACUCCUUUUACUUACGAUCAACCAACUCAGUGAAGCCAAUGUAUUUUUGCAUAUUUUGUGUAUUGCUCACAUAUUGGCUAUUUUCUGCUAAUUAGAUUAGAAAGGAAAAUGAUGUGUAAAAUGAAUAUGCUUAAGUUGUUGGCUUAUUUGUAAUUUCAAUGAAUAUAAUAAUGAGCUACUGUAUGUGUUUGUGUUUAUAAAUUCAUUAUUUUAAUGUCUUCUUCAGUUUCUGCUCUGGGCUUAAAUACUGCAGACCUUCUGUGCUGUAAUUUUACUGUAACACAUUAAAAUACACAGAUUCAUUCUCAAAAUAUAUUUCUUAAGUAUUACUGUCACAUUCUCAGGACAGACCAGAUGCUCGCAGAUGUAAAACCAGCAAGGUUUAACCAACAGAUGGAUUUUUGACCACAAUCCAAAAGAGUGGUCAAAAAGCCAGGCCAGGCCAAAAAUACAAACAGCAAAAUCAUGCACAUAGAAAUACACGGGACAAAAACAAGGCAAAAAUUAGGCAAAAGGGUAAAUAAAAACAAAAAGCAAAAUCCAUUAAUCACAGGAAAGUGUCAAAUACAUAAAAAAAAACAGAAAAGAAUACACAAAGGUCAAACACAGAAAUAAACCCUUAGUAUGCUUUAACAAAAUUUCACCAAUAUCUACAGAAGGGCAAAUGAGACAAAAAGCCUUAUAUAUAUAUAUAUAUAUAUAUACACAGACAAUCAGGUUCCGUUUGAAAGAAAUCACUAAUCAGUCACGGCUGCAGGGGAUUUAAAGUCAGGUGACAAAUGGGAGCUGUCCAUGGUUGGAUCACUCUGCGCUCGCGGACCCGUCUCUGACUGAUCGCUGACCAGUCGCAGACGCCUUCAACAUGUUUAAUAUCUGGCUCAGUCGGUGAUUUGAAGUCAGGCGCAGCGGCUACAUACAGCCAAUGAGAUCACAGAAAGAGAGAACCACAGUCCAAAACUCACCAGAGCUGUUUAUAGAGAGUCUGACCACCCUACCAUUCCCCCUGUUAUAUCAGUAAAUGACUCUAGAGGGAGCCCAUGAGUGAGUUCUCUAUGAACAGGGGUGAAUGGAGCUAAAAGCUAAAAACGUUAAAUUAAAAAUAUUUAUAAAUUACUUGUUCUAAAUAUUUCUUAAAUUUUAGAAAAUAGAAUAAUGUAUAAAAAAAAGCGUUUCUGUAUAUUUCAGUUUAUCUAAAGAAAACAGGUUUUACACUGUAAAGCACUAGCGUUACUGCUACUGUGAGCUUAUUGGUUGGCGAGCUGAUCCUGAAAAUACAGGUAGAACAUGUUUAAAAGGCUUAUAACUGGAGUUCAAAAUGAUAAAAAAAAAAAAUAUUUCUGCGGUACUGAAGCAUUUGACAUAGUUCUGUGUUGUGUUGAGGACAUAAAUACAUAUUUCAAUAUAAAACUGAUCAGACAUGUAUAAACUCUAAUUUAGAAAAUAGAUUCUUUCUGAGGUUAUUUACCAUCAUGUUUCUGGUAAAGUUUACAUACAAUACAUAUCACAUAUUAAAUUACAAAAAGGUAUAUUCUUCUGAACUUCUGUUC